AAAUGACUCAGGAUUCGAAACAGACGCAGUAUUCCUGACUCUGGAAGAAUCACUAUUCAUUCACGUGAUACCGGGCAUGAGUGACACCAUCCCAUUUACAGCCUAGUGUUUGAAUCACGUGAUAUCACAUCCAAACCUUCCAAACAACCUGCCUCUCCCCCAACUCCGCCUCAUCACGUCCCGUAACAACAUCAUCUCCAGCAUUGACUAUCAUUCGGGGACCAAAACCCGCCUAAAUCGACGUCGCGCUCUUCAAAGACCCCCUUUAAUGCGAUUAUACCCUUAACUCGACCCUCCGUCGCGACAUGACGACUGUUUCACCAACCUCGGCCCGUGACUUGUCUCAUUAAUUCAGUAAUCGUCCACCCUACGACUUCCUUCCGCCAUCAUGCCUCCCCUUGCCAGUGCCUCCAAAAGUAAAAACAAAGCCCGCGAUGCUCGACGGUCGCGCAGUCGUAACACUACCCCCAGUUCAGUCAUCAGUGCCGGCACCGCACCCCCACUACCAACCACCUCUCCUCUCCUCGAAUUGGACUUGGCUAGAAUCCUAGUCGCCGCCAAACCCUCUUAUACAGAAGUCACCGAGUAUCUCGAAAGUCAUGGAUCAAAGGUCGAACCCAAGUCACUGCAGGAAAUCAUAGACCAAUUAAAGACUUUGAGUGAAGCCGCCGAAGCGCGAGUCGAAUCAUGCGAAAAGGCCAUCCGCCUCAUCCAUGAACAGAAGAAAGAGAUAGAAUCAGACCAACAGAACCGAGAUCGCCAAGCAGACCAGGCUCGUCGAUCAAAGGCCCGUAAAGAAGACUCGCAGAAAAAUACCAAGGCCAAAAAACGCAAGGAUCGUCCUGAAUCCUUCGACCAUGUCGAGAUUAAACGCGAAGAUGAGCCCUCAAAAGGAAAACCUGGUCGUGCUACAGGCACCCCAGGCCCCGUCGACAGCCCGUCCCCAUCCAAAAAGACCAAACUCAGUCCGGGGACCUCUUCCCUGUCAGAAGUCGCCGACUCGCCCGAGGCAGCUGCUGCCUCUGCUCAUGAUUCUCCCGCAAAGUCAGACGUCUCCAUGUCGGAUGCCGAAGAGAAUAAUGCCCUUCAUAGGCACCCUGUCGUGCCCCAGCAAGGCUUCUUCCCUGACCCACUCGCUCCUGACCCCAUUAUCUACCACAUUCGAGAGGUCACCCCUGACAUGUCGGAUGCCGAGAAAAAGGAAAUCUAUAGCGUCACUUCCUAUCCUACAAAGGACUUGAGUGACCAGAUUGCUGGUGUCCCUCCCGAUAAGGACUUCAGUAAUGCAAAGCCGACGAAUCAGGUCGCGGCCAAUACGUUCUUGACCUAUGUGGAACCUUUUGUGCGGCCUUUGACUGAAGAAGACAUGGCCUGGUUGAGAGAGCGCGGGGACCGCGUUACCCCAUUCUUGGCCGUUCCCCGCGGCAAGCGUCACUAUAACGAAAUAUGGGCCGAAGAAGAUGGAACUGUCGUCGUAGACGCCAAUCACGACAAGUUGCCAGCAAAUACCCCUCGAGGCAAUGUUGAACAGGUCAAUGAUGAUAAUCUGGCGACUGACCAAGUUUCCAAUGGGCCACUCGCAAGCCGACUAUUAUCCUUGUUGAAAUUUGAGCACCGUCCUCCUCCAAACGACGGCGCUAAUGCCGCACACGACCUCAACUCCUUCGCUCUGGAUGGCAAUGAUACCAUGGACCUCGACGGUCUCACCAAUGGACAAGACAAUGCUGACAAGCCUCUUGCGCCUGCCGCCGCCGUUGCAGAUUUGGCAGGCUCCAAAUCAUCCACUUCUCAGAAACUCGACUAUGUGCAGACCGAAGAACGCCUCAAGGCUGAAUUGCGUCAUAUUGGGUUCCUCGGACAGGAUGAGAACCCAGACUAUGAUGCGCAUCACGACGACGAUAUCAGCGAGAGAAUGCGCCUUUUGCAAAAUGAGCUGCGCAGAGUCAUGAUCGUGAAUGGUGCACGUAAAGCUCGGCUACUCGAGCUCGCCAAAGAACGACUCGCUUACCAGGAGUACAGCACCAUCCACGAGGAUCUGGAUAGCCAGGUCCAACAAGCCUAUCUUAAACGUACACGAACAUUAGGCAAGACAAAGAAAGGUGGGCCAGGAGGCAACAAGCCCAAACCUGGCAUUGGCAUCGCUUCGGCAAUGGGCAUCAACCGAGCACGGGACAUUGGCGACAAUGCUCGAAUGCUGAUGGACCGGCGGAAGAGGUGGGAGAGCUGUAUUGGCCCAGUUUUCAAAGAUAUGAAACAUGGCGUGCCCGAAAAGGGCACCAGCAUCUGGGAUCCUAAGAUUAUGGAAGGUUAUGAAAAAGCCGAGGUUGAAGCGAUCGAGGAAGAGCAACUUGCCGAGUGAUCCAUAUAUACAUCCGCCGAAAACUGCGUUGAAGGAAAGGGGAUUAUACCAGUGGCUCUAUGAGGUGAGCCUGUUGAGUAUCCUCAUCACGUGAUCAGAAUCACCGUCCUCACGUGAUAUCACGGUCAACCACUUGCAAGAUAUUUAUUGAGACAAAAUCUAUAUACAAAGAGCGCUGCUGGCAGCCAAGCUUGUCGAAUCAAAGGUUACAGCUGAUGACCAAGGUUUGAAGACAAGAAUAGAUCCCUGUGAACAAUUCUGAUCAAUGACAAAGGAGCACUGCCUCGACUUCUGAACAUCAACCCUUCUACGCUUUGUCUGCUGUCGGAG